CACAAAACACAGAAACAGGUGUGUAGAGAGGCAGUAGAAAGAGAGGAAACGACGUACAAUUAUUUAGGGAUACGGCUAAAGCCUGGAAAUGAGCAAGCAACACCCAGCAGACAACAGAGAGGAGAAAAAAGGGAUGGGUGAUGAACCAAAUAUUGAGCUCUUUGUUAAGGCAAGUCUUGAUGCUGAAAGUGUGGGGAACUGUCCUUUCUGCCAGAGGCUCUUCAUGAUUUUGUGGUUGAAGAGGGCAGAGUUUGUUCUCACCACUGUAGACAUGAAGAGGGCUCCUGAAGUGCUAAAAGCUCUUGCUCCAGGAUCCCAGCCUCCUUUCCUCAUCUUCAAUGGUGAAGUCAAAACAGACACUAACAAGAUCGAAGAAUUCCUGGAGGAGAAACUGGCCCCACCACGGUAUCCAAAACUGUGCUGUACCUACAAAGAAUCAAAUUUGGCUGGAGAGGACAUAUUCCGCAAAUUUUCAGCCUACAUUAAGAAUCCCAAUCCUGGGCUAAAUAUCAUGCUAGAGAAGCAGUUUCUUUCAACUCUGGUGAAGCUGAACAUGUACCUUGAGACGCCUCUUCCUCAUGAGCUGGAGCGUAAUCCGGAUGCAAAUGAGUCUUCACGCUUGUAUCUGGAUGGUAACGCCUUCACCCUGGCAGACUGUAACCUGCUUCCAAAACUCAACAUUGUAAAGGUGGUGUGCAAAAAGUACCGUAAUUUUGACAUUCCUACAGAACUGAAAGGUCUGACACGGUACCUGGACAAUGCCUACAAACAGGAUGAGUUUCGCCACACCUGCCCACAAGACGAAGAGAUUCUUCUUGCCUACAAAUCUGUUGCCAAGUAUCUGACCAGUUAGAAACAUGCAUGUGAAAAAGCGAAUAUACGAAAAAUAGGAAAGAACAGCAACAUCCUAAAAUGGCAAAUUUGGCAUGCUUGUGUAAUAAUUAAAAAGUUGAGUGGAAAAAUGUUUACAACUGCAUAUAUUUUCAACUGAUUUUUUGAAAUGCUGAACUGUCUAUAUUGGUCCUAUACCACCUGUUAUAUUAAAACAAAAUCUUUUUCAGACCAGAAAAGAAGAAAAAUGUGUACAAAACUUAAUUCCUCUUGAAAAAUUAAUGUGUAUAAGAUAUAUAGAAAAUGGGUUUUAAUUCAUGUCAGUAUUUUUGUCCUAACCCUUACAUUCAUUUAAUUUAGUUUUUCAGUGGGAUUUGUCUGUGUCACAGCUUUGAGAAACUUCCAAUUUAAGUUUUCUGUCAGGUUUCUACAUGAUAGACCCGGAGGGGGGGGGAUCACGUGAAAAUAAAUGACUGCAUUAUUAAAAGCAAUAAAGGAUUCCCACGGAAGCAGUUUUGUGCUCUGGAUACUGUCAACAGUCAACAGAAAUUGACUGUUACAAUUACGAGAUCUAUAUGAACUCAAAUGACAUCCACUUUGCUUUUUAUUUAGUCACUCUAUUUUUUUGCAAUCAGAACAACUUAAUCUAUUCUAUAACAAAUGUCCACAUGGAUUAGGGGUGGGUUAUUUUAUUUGUUAAGUCAGAUACUUAGGCUCUAAUCAAUCCCUAUGGUCAAAAUUCUGCAGUUCUUUCACACCAAACUGUCUCAUCCAUGUCUUAUAAACGUUCCUAUGUGCACUGGUGCAUUGAUCUUUUGGGACGGAAAGUAACAUUUCCAAAUUGUUUCCUCAAAGUUGGGAGGAUAUUAAAUGUUGGUUAACAUUAAAAGUUGAAAUAAGACCACAGAAACCACAGGAAGUGGAAUUCACGAAUGGGCUUUGACAUGGUGCAAAUAAGACAUGCUUUUUCUCUUGAGCUCAGUUAUUGUAUGUAUAUCUUGAUCACCCUGUAAAAAAUAUGAGAUGUUUAAUUGAGAUUAGGUUUGCUAAUUUAGUUGAUGUUUUGCUUUGCUGUGGAUUGUGUUUUAGUGAAUUUAUAUAUUUUAAAAGGUCCAGUCUUUUACUUGGUCCUCUUUAAAUGUAAUUUUUUGGAUUUCCUAAGAGUAUUUUUUCUGGCUAUUAAACGUUUUUUCUUUUCAGUA